ACAACUUCCUGGUCCGGUGAAAAUAUGCCAUUAUCGCGAUAGAAAGCCUGUUCGUAUGAAGUUCAGCGGUAGCGGCUUGACGCUGGAAUGCGAAACUACAUAUUAUUUAGCCAAAACAAAAAUUGACAAACCGUGACGUAACAUUUCAGAAAUAUCUCACCUCUUCUCGCGACUCGGUUGUGGUCCGAGCCAUGAAGAGGACUCUUAACAUAUGGGGAUGAGACGAGAUCGAGUAUUUCUUCAGUUGCAUCUUUGGGCUCGUUGACUUGGCUCGGGAUGGCGCAGGGAGGCCCUCAGCUCGACUACCACAUCCUGCAGGACCUCAAGCAGCGUUUCCCGGAGAUCCCAGAGGGAGUAGUGUCACAGUGCCUUCUGCAGAACAACAACAACCUGGAUCUUUGCUGCCACCUGCUGGCUCAGGAGAGUAAUAGAUACCUGUAUGGGGAGUUCCAUCACAGUCCAGAGGAGGUACGACUGAGCCAAAAUCACAUGCUACACAUUAACCUGGGCUAUCCGGGCUCAGAGGCAAAUAAGACAAAUGGAGGAGCAGCAGGGGUGGGUUGCUCCUUAGUGCACAGCACCAGUGACAGUCACAUUGAACCCCAUCGACCCAGCUACCCUGAGCCACUGUCAGCCCCUGCCACAAUGGCACCCUCCCCAGGUUACAAUCCUUUCUUCAUGAAUGAUCAGAGCCGCUCAGCCAGCACUCCCACCCCUCCACCCACAAUGCAGGGCAUGUCUCCCACAUACUCACCUGUCCCACGUUACACAAUGAACCCUAUAACAGUCACGCUUUCGCAAAGUAUACCCAAUGUCCCGCAGGCUUUACAGAUCCCUCCUGGGCAUUAUGCCAACAGCACCAACACCACUCUGUAUAUUCGACCUUCACCCUCCCAGAGCCCACAGCCAGCGCCCUGGUCCUCACCAGGGGCACCUGUUUAUCAGCAUCAGCAGUCCCCCUACAGUACUCCCACAUACGGCUCGCCUUACAGUUCCCCGCAGCAUCAGGUCCAGCCGCAACCGCAGCACCAACAAUAUGUCUUCCUCCCUGUUAGCUCCCCAACCCUGCCUAGCAUGACCUAUCAUCAGCAGCAACAACCGCAGCAACAGCCAACUGUUUACAGACCCUACCACACAAAAAGCUCCCUCAAGAACCAGAUAGAGAUUACCUUGGAGGGCCCACGACCACGCAGCAACUCACCUGUACAUACCCCCCACCCCCAAGGAGCGCUUUACAUAGCCACUAGCCCCUCGCCCAGUUCCCCUUCAAGGGGCAUCACUAUGAGUGCACCUCCAGGCCCAACAACCUUCCACCCUGGGAUGUACCUGCAACACCAGGGCCCUGCAAGGCCUCGACCUGCAUCCUCACCUCAACUAGCCCAGUCAGCCUACACGUUAAAAAUCAAAGUGUCCCCUGGAGGCCAGGCUCAGAGGCCAUCCAGCUCACCACCUGUGGCUGAAACAGAAUCUCUUCUCAACAUAGUAGACCAAGGGGAACACAGUGCUGCCCCUGCACCCAUUCUUCCCAUCUCCGCUUUACCAGGGAAUGUUCCCAGUCAAUUUGAGCAAAUACCCAGACGUUCAAGCUCAGGCUCUGAUGACUAUGCCUACACACAAGCUCUCCUGCUCCACCAGCGUGCCAGGAUGGAGCGUUUAAUGAAGGAGCUGCUGCUGGAGAAACAGAAACUAGAUCACUUAAAGGCUGAUGUCAACAGCAUGGAAUAUGACGCCCUUCAAAGACGCUUCCGACGAGUCAAUUUGACCAAUCUUUUACCCAGACCUGAAGAGAUGACCCGGUUGCGAAAUCUGAACAGACAGCUUCAGAUUGAUAUUGACUGUACCCUGAAGGAGACGGAUCUAUUGCAAUCUAGAGGAAAGUUUGACCCGAAAGCAAUGAACAACUUUUAUGACAACAUAGAGCCUGGGCCAGUGGUGCCUCCCAAACCUGGGAAGAAAGAAGGGGAACAUGGCUCCAAGCCUGUACUGGGACCCCAGAGGGACGAGGAUUUUGAAGGCGCCCAGUGGAACUGUGAUAGCUGCACCUUCCUCAACCACCCUGCACUCAACCGCUGUGAACAGUGCGAGAUGCCGCGCUACACCUGAGCUUAGCGCAGCGCUGUAUUGCCUCCCCUACCCCACCCCUCGCCAAUCCUUGGAUACUAUAAACCCCACCCCUCCAGGAUCUCUCUUGAGGUCUUUCUCUGUCAAUCAAUAUAUAAGCCCUUCUUACCUGCUGAGGUAGAGCCACUGUCCCUCUCUUUCCACUUGUCCUGUUCCCAUCUACCGCUCCUGUGCACUUUGACCCUCGUUUUUAUUGGCGGUUUCAGGACAGCUGGAGACUCUUCUCAUGGCAAAGAUAUAACAGAAGGAGUGAGAUAUUGCAACUUUGGCAGUGGGUUCGAUGGGGCUUCAGAAUGGUCAGAACGACUGAGGGUUGAGGAGGAAAAGCUAUGCUUUACCAAGCGAACAUUCCACACAGAAUGAGUGACUGCCCUGUUUACAAAACUGCAUCCAUUCCUGAACUCAAAAUGGGGGCACAUCCACUUUAAUCCAGGACCUGUAACUCCCUUUGACAGUGGAAACAAUGAAAACAGUGGUAUAUAUGAUCUGACUAAUGCGAAAAGUAGAGUGUACACUGUAUCCGGCUCUGUAUUAGAGCUAAUUUCACUGAAAGAAGAACACUAGAGACAUUUGCAUAUGAGUAUAUUACUGGUACUUCUAUGCAUUUGCCACCUUGUAUUAUGUGUUCAGAAGAUGUUGAUUUUCUGUGUAAAUGCCUCAACUUGCUGUACUUAAUAAAGGAGCUGAUUCUAUGUGACUUGACCACAAACAGCUGGCAU